UCACGAAGAUGGUGGCGCGCGCGGCGUGUGGCUCCUGUCUUCUCCAGUCCCAGCUCAGCGCACCGGCCAGCAUUUCGCUGGUUUGGAGUCCCCGCCCUCCGGGUCCCUGACCCCGCGCCCCCUUCCCGUGUCCCCAGUUCCCGGUUCCAGGAAUGCCUCGCGCUCGUAAGGGCAAUGCGCUCCGCAAGGGCGGUCAGCGCCGUGGAGGAGGUGCCAGGAGCAGCACUCAAGCGGACUCCGGUUCCAGUGAGGAUGAAGCAGCCAGCGAGGCCCGGAGCACCACCAGUGACUGUCCCAGCCUGCUGAGCACUGCUGCAGAGGACUGCUUGGGCGGGGAAGUGGUGGAUGAGCAGAGCCAGCAGGAAAACCUGGAGGAAAAGCUGAAGGACUCCGUGGACUGCCUGACUGACAAGAGUGCCAAGACCCGGCAAGGAGCUCUGGAGAGCCUGCGCCUGGCCCUGGCCUCCCGCCUACUUCCCGACUUCUUGCUGGAGCGCAGCCUCACGCUGGCGGAUGCCCUGGAAAAGUGCCUUAAGAAAGGGAAGGGUGAAGAACAGGCCCUGGGUGCCGCUGUGCUAGGCCUGCUCUGUGUGCAGUUGGGCCCUGGACCCAAGGGCGAGGAGCUGUUCCACAGCCUGCAGCCCCUGCUGCUUUCGGUGCUCAGUGACAGUACAGCAAGCCCUGCUGCCCGGCUCCAUUGUGCUUCUGCUCUUGGCUUGGGCUGCUAUGUAGCUGCCACUGAUGUCCAGGACCUGGUCUCUUGCCUGGCCUGCUUGGAAGGUGUUUUCAGCUGGUCCUGUGGCACUAGUGGCUCCGCUGCAGCUCAGGUUUCUGCCAGCCUACAUGGUCUGCUGUGUGCUGCCCUGCAGGCCUGGGCAUUGCUGCUCACCAUCUGUCCCAGUACCCACAUCAACCAUAUCCUUGACAGGCAGCUGCCCCGGCUGCCCCAGCUCUUGUCCAGUGAAAGUGUGAAUCUUCGGAUCGCUGCCGGCGAAGCCAUCGCGCUGCUCUUUGAGCUUGCCCGGGACCUUGAGGAGGACUUUGUCUAUGAGGACAUGGAGGCUCUCUGCGGCGCUCUGCGUACCCUAGCCACUGACAGCAAUAAGUACCGUGCCAAGAUUGAUCGUCGACGCCAGCGCUCCAUUUUCCGUGCUGUGUUGCACUUUGUUGAGGGCGGUGAAUAUGAGGAGGAGACGAUCCGCUUUGGCCUGGAAGUGCUCUACAUAGACAGCUGGGCUCGCCGCCGAAUCUACACAGCCUUCAAGGAUGUGCUGGGUUCAGGCAUGCACUAUCACCUCCAGAACAAUGAGCUUCUCCGUGACAUCUUCGGCCUGGGCCCUGUGCUAGUGCUGGAUGCUGCUGCCCUGAAGGCCUGCAAGAUUUCACGUUUUGAAAAGCACCUGUACAAUGCUGCGGCCUUCAAAGCCCGGACCAAGGCCCGAAGUCGUGCAAGGGACAAGCGGGCAGACAUCUUGUAAAGCUGACUGGCCAACAAGAAGGCUACCCAUACCCUUACCAUAUUUUUAACAGAAGACAGUUCAAAAAACUGGU